AAAAUCAUUCCUUCUUCUUUCUCUGAAACUUUUGCCUUGCUUGCUUGCCCAGAAAGUCGCCGAGAAAGUUAAAAGUAGAACGGCGGAGGAAAAAAAAACGAAGAGGAAGAGGAGAGAUGGAGUCGCAGAAGAAGAUAGCUCAUGAGAUCGGAGGUAUGAAGAACGAUGCUCUUCGCUUUGGUCUUCACGGCGUUAAGAGCGAUAUCCUUAGAUCUCAUCCUCUCGAAACGGCUUACGAAUCUGGGAAGCAAUCACAAGAAGAAAUGAAGAGGAGAGUGAUCACGCAUACUUAUGGAGCUGCUCUUCCUUUGAAGAUGGAUCUUGAUAGACAAAUCCUUUCUCGGUUUCAGAGACCUCCUGGACCAAUUCCUUCAUCAAUGCUUGGCCUUGAAGUCUACACAGGAGCUCUAGAUAAUUUUGGUUUUGAGGAUUACUUGAAUGAUCCUCGCGAAUCCGAGACGCUGAAACCAGUAGACUUUCACCACGGGAUGGAAGUUCGGCUUGGUCUCUCCAAAGGCCCAGCUUCCCCAAGUUUCAUGUAGUCACCACCAUCAAAGUAUUUCCUUCGUCAGGUCUCAUAUGCUUUUUAAUCUGAGUAAGAUCAUGUUAUGAAUUUCCACCAGCCCUAAAAGAAUCUACUUGUUGUUUGAUCUCUUCUCUAUACUGUGUCUCCUUUGCUCUGAACAUGAUAAAACAUAUGAACUGUGUUUCAGUUCUUAUCUCUCUCAGUUCACAAUUUGUUGGACUUGCUUAGUUAUUUAAAUAAGAUUAUGCUCCUAUUUCAUUAUU